AUGGGGUUCACAGUCGUCCUUGUAGUCCUCUGCAUCCUCUGUGCGCUGAUACAAUGGAGUCAGCGCAAGGAUCAGGGCCAGGCAGGCAUGCCGGGCGGGAACGUGUCAGGAGAGUUCAAGAGGCAGCAGGCGGCGUAUAUGGUCGCCUACUGCUGUGCCGUGACGGCGGACUGGCUGCAAGGGCCCUACGUGUACGCGCUCUAUGAACACUAUAAGUUCUCCAAGCAGGAGAUCGGGAUCUUGUUCAUAGCAGGCUUCGACUUUUUCCAUCGCGACGGUUGGCAAUGCUAUCACGGCCAUCGCGUCUGGGUGGCUCCUUUCGACCUUGCCAUCGUCUUCCUCAUCGCAUCCUCAAUCACAAUCGCUUGGAAAUGGCAGGAGAACAAAGGAGAUGCUGGCAUGGGAGGCAUGGUCCUUCCCUCUGGCAAGAAUGACGAUCGGAAUAAGUUGAAGGUGGCGCUUGAAAGAAUGCGCCGAGAUCCCAAGAUAGCAGUUCUGGGGAUGAUACAGAGCCUCUUCGAAGGAGCCAUGUACAUCUUUGUCUUCAUGUGGACGCCAAAGUUAGAAGCGUUCUUCAAGCCCCUCCCUCACGGCCGGGUCUUCGGAUGCUUCAUGGCCUGCAUGAUGUUGGGGUCAAGCUCUUUGAAGUACCUGUCCAGCUGGCAACCACCUGUUAGGUACCUGAGGGAGCUCUACAUAAUCUCUGGGAUCAUGAUGGCGAUCCCUGCCCUCGGGCUGCAAGAGGGGUACUCCACCGUCUCCUGCUUCUUCGUGUUCGAGUGGUGCUGCGGGCUCUACUUCCCCAGUAUCGGCAUUGUCAAGUCGAAGUAUGUUCCUGAGGAGGUCCGGGCGACCAUCUACAACAUCUUUCGCAUCCCCCUCAACGUCAUCGUAGUCGCUGUCCUCGCCAACCUUGGCAGCAUCUCCGACAACGUCGUUUUUGCCAUGUGCUCCGUUUUCUUGUUCCUAGCUGCCGUACUUCAGCACUCCUUCAUCCGUAUGGUUGGAGAUCAUGAAGGAAAGGCUGCGUCGCUGGCUGCCGCGGAGAACCUCACCGCAGAACUCUCCCACUUGACCCACUAUGAGCCCGGGGAGGGCAAGGAAUGACUCGACAAGACUGAGGCCAAGAGCUUGGAAAAGACAGGCUGAAGCAGCUCGGCGCGGGCUGGGAAGGGGAGGGGUUUCUUACUCUUAUUCUUUCAAGUGAUGAUAAUGUACUCUGAGAUAUCC